AAAAAGUCAGCCAAGCAUGUUUUAACGCAUAUUGGUUAUAUUACUAUUAUUACCUGCUUUAUCUUCUUCUUUUCCGCUUUUUCCUAUUUUUACUGCAAAUCAGACAAACUAUCACAUCAACAACCAUGGCAAAGAAAUCAAAACAAACACUCCCACUCCAUAAAGUCAUCAUGGUUGGUUCCGGUGGUGUCGGCAAGUCAGCAUUGACACUACAGUACAUGUACGGCGACUUUGUUGAAGAAUACGAUCCGACCAAAGCCGACUCUUAUAGGAAGAAGGUCAUGUUGGAUGGCCAAGAGUGCCAGAUUGACAUUCUCGAUACGGCAGGCCAAGAAGAAUAUGCAGCGAUCCGCGACAAUUAUUACCGGUCUGGUGAAGGAUUUCUGUGCGUAUUUUCCGUUUGCGAACAUGAAUCAUUUGAACAUACGCAAGAGUUCCGAGAUCAAAUUUUAAGAGUACUCGAUGAUGAUACCAUUCCAUUUAUCUUGGUGGGCAACAAGGUGGAUUUGGCCCACUUGCGCAAAGUAUCAUCGUCGGAGGCUCAGCAGCUGUCGCAGGAAUGGGGCUGUCCUUACCUGGAGACAUCUGCCAAGACACGACAGAAUGUGGAAGAAGUGUAUACGCUAUUGAUGCGGAGCAUUCGGGAUCGCAAAGAACAGCUGCACAUGAGCGAAGGGAAGUCAAAGAAAGGAAAAUGCAUCAUCAUCUAAAGAAACUCGCCCUCUCUCACUGACGUAUCAUAAACAACAAACACCCACUCGACCACCGCAAGUACAAUCGCACAUAGCAGCAACUAGUAACGAAAUGAUGUAGUUUUACUACUACCACUACGAACAUAGCACAACCUGCAUCACAUCCAUCACCAUCAUAACAAAUACAGACUUCUUUUUUCUCUUUUCCAGCAAGCAAACGCGACUAUCAGACCUUAUCUCCUCCUUCCCUCUUAGCCACCAUUCUAUUUCCCAAUUUUUCCCAGCAUAUGUGUUUAGGUUUUUUACUUACACAGAAACGAUUAAAAACAAUAAUGAAAAGAGAUGCUCUUGUGCCCCGUUCCUGGAAUAUGACCAAGUAGUGGAUUGAGAACGUG